ACAACUGCACCAGCAUGGCAGUGUGUGGGGCCCUGAUGCAUACCAGGAUCACUCUUCUGCUGCUCUGCCUUGGGGUAUCUCUGUCCAUACAUGGCCUCUCCCAAGCCAGGCCCUCCCAGCAUUUCAGCUCCCUGGAAGUGGUGAUCCCCUCGAAGGUGACCAGCAGGGGUAGAGGUGCAAAGGCUCCAGGAUGGCUCUCCUACCGCAUGCGGAUUGGGGGCCAGAGGCACAUUGUCCACAUGAGGGUCAAGAGGCUGUUGGUUUCCACACACCUCCCUGUGUUCACCUACACAGAGCAGCAUGGCCUCCAGGAGGAUCAUCCCUUUGUCCUUGAUGAUUGUUACUAUCAUGGUUAUGUGGAGGGGGCCCCCGAGUCUCUGGUUGCCCUCAGCACCUGUUCUGGGGGAUUUCGAGGAAUGCUACAGAUAAAUGACCUCAUGUAUGAAAUUGAACCCAUCAGGCACUCUACCACAUUUGAGCACCUGGUGUAUCAGGUAGGCAGUGAUGAGACAGAGUCCCCACACAUGAGAUGUGGGUUAACAGAAGAGUCAAUAGCACGCCAAUUGGCAUUUCAAGCAUCAUAUAAUUUCACUUUGAAACCACGUUCUCAUCUGAAUUGGUGGGCCCACUGGCGGUUUGUUGAGCUGGCAGUGGUCGUGGACAAUGGUAGGUUUGUUUACUCUCAAAGUAAUGAGUCAAUAGUGCAGGCUGAAGUAUUUAAUGUUAUCAAUAUAGUGGAUGAAUUGUAUUACCACAUGGGGGUUGAUGUAACUUUGACUGGGAUUGAAAUCUGGAAUGUACAAAACCCCAUAAAUACAAGUGGUGACUUAGAUCCAGUUACAGAGACUUUUGCUGUUUGGAAAUUUUUUUUUUUUGAUAACCGUGUUCACCAUGAUGUUGCACAUCUGUUCAUAAAGGAAUUACAUGGUGACAAACUUGGAGUUGCCUAUGUUGGAGGAGUAUGCCGACGUCCUAUAAAUUGUGGAGUUGAUGUUUUUGAAGACAGAAGAUUCAGCAUUUUUGCCAUUACUUUGGCCCAUGAGAUUGGUCAUAACUUGGGUAUGUGGCAUGAUGAUAGGUGGUGUGCAUGUCCAGAUCGGUAUUGCAUAAUGUAUCCCUCCAGACAGCCAUCACGGAGAUUUAGCAACUGUAGUUAUUCCCAAUAUAUGGCAAAUACUAUGGAAAAUGGAACAUGUAUUCUCUCUCCUGCACAACCACAACACAUCGUAAGGUUGAGAUUCUGUGGGAACCGAGUGGUUGAAGAUGGAGAGCAGUGUGACUGUGGAUCUACACAAGAGUGUGGAAAUGAUCGUUGUUGUAUGAUGAACUGUGUUCUAAAGCCUGGGGCAGCUUGUGCAUUUGGAGGUUGUUGCAAAGACUGCAACUUCCUUCCUCUAGGGACUGUAUGUAGACAGAAGGCUAGUGAAUGUGAUCUUCCAGAGUGGUGCAACGGGACGUCACAUGUGUGCCCAGAUGACGUAUAUAAACAGGACGGAAUCCUCUGUAGUACAAAUUCCUACUGCUAUGAAAAUGCAUGUAAUAACCAUGAUUCUCAGUGUAAGCAGAUUUUUGGCACAGGGGCCCUGAGCGCGUCUAAAAGCUGCUACAAUGAAAUGAACACCCAAGGAACUCGUUUUGGCCACUGUGGUAUUGAAGGCACCACAUAUGUAAAGUGUAUGGCUCCUGAUGUCAUGUGUGGGAGAGUUCAGUGUGAAAAUGUGCUCACAAUUCCAACACUGAUAGAACAUUCUACGGUGCAUCAGUUUCACCUCAAUGGCACCACUUGCUGGGGCACUGAUUAUCACCUAGGGAUGUCCGUACCUGAUAUUGGUGAAGUGAAAGAUGGCACGGUGUGUGCUCCAGGCAAGAUGUGCCUCCGCAGGAAAUGUGUCGAUAUGGUUAAAGCAUCAGAAACCUGUCAGACUCAGCAUUGCAACAUGAGUGGGGUCUGCAAUAAUAAACAGCACUGUCACUGUCACCCAGGAUGGGCACCUCCCAACUGUACUAUCAGGGGCCCUGGGGGUAGUGUAGAUAGUGGUCCACCACCACCACUGCCACCUGGAGGGAAACCCCCUGAGGAUAAACCUCCUGAGGAGAACCCACCUGGGUCCAACUCACCUGAGGACAACUCUACUGAUGAGAACCCAUCUGGGGAGAACCCAUCUGAGGGGAAUCCAUCUGACGAGAAGCCACCUGGUCAGAAACCUCCAAGGCCAGUGUCAACUAAGACAGGAAGAGCAAUUUUCUCAUCAGCAUUAAUCUUCAUUCCUUUUACACUUUUUUGUUUGUUUUGCUGCCUUGUGCUAUGUAAGGAAGCAGAGGAAGGUGAAGGUGAAGGUGAAGCAGGGGAAGAGGGAGAAGAGGAAGACUAACACUAAUUUUUCUUUUAAUAUUGAGGAAAGAAGAAAUGUCUAAUUCCUGGAUAAAACUCAAUGGUACCUCAUGUAGGUUCAUAAGCAUUAAAUAUUGCUGCAUGGGAUUUCUACAUUUUCUUGUUUUGUAAUAUUUUCAGCAACAUUAAACAUUUUUUCUUUUUAAGAAAAUUUGUAUGGAUUUCAUUAAUAGAACAUUAAGAACAUAGUAAUUCUUUCCACUGUACCCAUCCUCCCACCCAUUCUCCCUUCCUCCUGCUUCUGUUUAGUCCAAGAAAGCAAAAGAAAUGAAGAAAAUUUGGAAUAAAAAAUUGAGAGAACUCUUUCUCAAUAGCCUAGACAGUGCUAUUCUAUGUUAUUGUCUCUUGAAGGUGAUUUCGCUUUUUUCCCCUCCUUCCUUCCCCUUCUUUCCUUUUAGAAAUUUAAUUGUCUUUAGAGUAGAAUCCAAGGAUGAUAAAUCUUUUGCAAACUCUUAGACAUAACUAUAACUUAUGAGACAUAAUAAUAUCUUCCAUUUAAUACACUAAAAGGAGGUGAUCCUUGAGAACAUGUUUUACUGUUAAGUCUCAUGAUGUAACUCUUUGGGGACAUAGGUCCUGCAUUGGAAGUUCGUGCACAGUGACUCCUGUUUAUUUAACAAGUAACACUCUUACACAUGACAUCAGUGAUCACCCAAGGCUCUUGACAUGAGCUGCUUCAGCUUUGGAAGCCUUUUGGAUCCAUUAGCUGGACAAGCCCAUAAGUAAAGUGGAAGUUCUCUCCUCCCUUCAGAGAAAAGUACAUCCUUUUUUGGCCACUUCUUUCUACUAGGGUCUCAUCCAGAGGGAUUCAUUAUGUAGGACGUUUUUUGCCGGAGUGUUUUGGCUUUCCAUGCCUGAAAUGCUCCCUCUGGGAUUUUCAGCCAGACCAGAAUGCCAUAAGGGCUGAUUCUGAGGUUGGAGUGCUACUUAAAGCAAUUCUCAUUCUAUGAGUCUGUUUUAUGGACUGCUUCCCAUGUUGGAGCCUUCUCUCCUUUUUAAUUCUGUUUAUUAUUGUUUCCAUAGACUUAGUCAUAUUUAUAUGAUCACUUGUUCACUUGAUCCUAUGUAUAUGGUCACUUUAGUACUUACUCCUAUCUAUUUGGUCUUUAUAACAGUUAAUCUGCUAUUUUAAUCAGCCAGCUUAAGGGAUUUUGUGGUCCUAUGGCAUUUUGUUUUGCUGUACUCUUAGAAGUGAGUCCAUAGGAGAGUAUAUAGUUCUAAACUGCUUUGCAGUUACACCCUUCAUGGUUUUCAAAAUUAUAGCUUUAGGGUCUUGACAAUUCUUUACACAGUGCCUGCCUUCCUACCCAUUUUCUCCCAUUCUAUUGGGUGUCUCUUUACUGUGCUGAUUGAUUUUUUUUUUUGCAGUCAGAAGCUUUUCAAUUUGAUGUAAUCCCAUUUGUUGAUUUUGGCUUUAAUUGGUUGUGUCUCUAGGGUCUCUUUCAAGAAGUCUUUGUCUAUGUUGAUGUCUUGUAGGGUUUCCCCAAUGUUCUCUAAUAAUUUGAUGGUGUUGGGUAAUCGAUUUGGGUCUUUAGUUCAUUUUGAGUGGAUUUUGGUGAAAGGUGUCAGAUAGGGAUCUUGCUUCAUGCUUCUGCAUGUGUGAUCCAGUUUUCCCAGCACCAUUUGUUGAAGAGACUGUCCUUGCUGCAGGGAUUGAUUUUAGCUCAUUUGUCAAAAACAAGUUGGUUGUAGAUGCUUGGAUUGAUUUAUGGCAUUUCUGUUCUCUUCCAUUGGUCUAUCCAUCUCUUUUUGUAUGGCUCCAGGAUGUUUUGAUUAUAACUGCCCUGUAGUAUGUCUUGCAAUCAUUGUGAUGCCUCCGGCUAUGUUAUUAUUGUAUAAGAUUGCUUUAGCUCUUUGGGGUCCCCUGUGUUCCUAUAUGAGUUACAACAUCAUUUCUAUAUCUGAGAAGAAUAUCUUUGGUAGUUUGAUUGGUAUUGCAUUGGAUCUGUAAAUUGCUUUUGGUAGUAUGGAAAUUUUGAUGAUAUUGAUUCUUCCAAUCUAUGGACAUAGAAGAUUUUUGCAUUUUGUUUAUGUUUGUGUUCUAUUUCUUUCUUUAAUGGUUUUUUAAUUUCCUCAUCCUGUUUUUAUUUUUAAUUUUUAAAAAGUCUUUUAUUAAAUGAAUGCAAAUUUCAUAGGUACAGCUUUAGGAAUAUAGUGGUUCUUCCCCAUACUCAGCCUCCCACCCCCAUUCCCAUCCCAUCUCCUACUCCCUCUCCCAUCCCAUUCUUAAUUGAUUCAUUUUUAAUUAACUUUGUAUACAGAAGACCAACUCUAUCCUACAUAAAGAUUUUAACAACUUUCACCUCCCCACAUACAAAGUAUAAAGUACAGUUUGAGAACAAGUUUUACAGUUAAUUCUUAUAGUACAACUCAUUUAGGACAGAGGUCCUACUUGGGGAGUAAGUGCACAGUGACUCCUAUUGUUAAUUUAACAAUUAACACCCUUAUGUAUGAUGUCAGUGAUCACUGGAGGCUCUUGACAUGAGCUGCCAAGGCUAUGAAAGCCUUUUGAUUCCAUAUUCUCCAUCAGUAUUUAGAUAGGGCCAUAUGCAAAGUGGAAGUUCUCUCCUCCUUUCAGAGAAAAGUACACCUUUCUUUGAUGGCCCCUUCUUUCCGCUGGGAUCUUACUCACAAAGAUCUUUCAUGUAGGUCAUUUUUUGCCACAGUGUCUUGGCUUUCUAUGCCUGAAAUAAUCUCAUGGGCUUUUCAGCCAGAUCUGAAUGCCUUAAGGGCUGAUUCUGAGGCCAGAGUUCUGUUUAGGGCAUUUGUCACUCUAUGAGUCUGCUGUGUGGACUGCUUUCCCAUGUUGGAACUUUCUCUCCUUUGUAAUCCUAUCUAUUGUUAUUACCAGACACUUGGUCUUAUUUAUGUGAUCCCUUUGACACUUAAUCUUAUUUAUAUGAUCAUUGCACACUUAAUAUGAUGACUUUAACACGUAAAAAGGCAUUAGUACCACCUAGCUUAAUGGGAUUUGGAGUCCCAUGGCAAGUUUUUAGCUUUAUCCUCAGGAAUCAGUCUGUGGGGAUGUGUAUUGUACAGCUCCUCUCUUUCUCAAUUCCCACUCUUAUUUUUAAUUGGGAUCUAUUUUCAAUUGACUUAAAACACCUAUGAUGUAUUCUAUGUCAAGUAAAGUGUUCAACCAAUGGUAUUAGGUAGAAAAAAUAAUAAAUAAAAUAAGAUAAUGAACUAUUCCUUGACAAUCAAAACAAGGGCUAUUCAAGUCAUUGCUUACCAUAGUGUCGAUUUCACUUCUACAGGUUUCCUUUUCCGUCCUCUGUUAGUUAUCUCAGAUCAGGGAGAACAAAUGGUAUUUGUCCCUUUGGGACUGGCUUAUUUAAAAAAGUAUGAUGUUUUCCAGAUUCAUCCAUUUUGUUGCAAGUGACUAGAUUUCAUUUUUUUUACUGCUAUGUAAUGUUCCAUAGAGUAAAUAUCCCAUAAUUUCUUUAUCCAGUCUUCCAUUGACAGUCAUUUAGUUUGUUUCCAUGUGUUAGCUAUUGUGAAUUGAGUUGCAAUAAACAUGGUGGUAUAGAUAACUCUCUUAUUUGCUGAUUUCAUUUACCUUGGGUAUAUUCUGAGGAAUGGGAUGGCUGGGUCAUAUGGUAGGACUAUAUUCAGAUUUUUGAGGUAUCUCCAAACUGUCUUCCAUAGUGGCUUUACCAGUUUACAUUCCCACCAACAGUGGAUUAGGGUACCUUUUCCCCCACAUCCUCACCAGCAUUUGUUUGUUGAUUUCUGUGUGAAAGCCAUUCUAACCAGGGUGAGGCGAAACCUCAUUGUAGUUUUAAUUUGCAUUUCCUUGACAGUUAGUGAUCCUGAGCAUUUUUUCAUGUGUCUAUUGACCAUUUAGAUUUCCUCUUUUGAGAAAUGUGUGUUUAAGUCCUUUGCCCAUUUCUUUUUCUUUUUCUUUUUUUUUUAAGAUUUAAAAGUAUUUAUUAGAAUCAAGGACCUCCAGCGAGAGCUGCAUGGAGGGGGGCUUCUAAGAGAGGAAAAAAUCCAAAGGGACUGGUGGCAGUGGGCUUUUUAAGUACAAUUUUAAAAGAAAAAAAAAACUUGAGAAUCAGAUUGGCAUUCAGUUACCAGGGCAGGGCAAAAACCAUCAAAAGACCUCAUUUACAAUUCUCCAUCCUAUCUGGCCUGCUAAGGAUGGGAUAGGUAACUUGUUUUCCCAAUAAGCUGUGAGCUCAGGAAGAGCUCCUUUGCAAUUCUCAUGAUAAAUUUGGAGAUUCCCAAGGAAGGAGGGUGGCCUGUUUGUUCUUGCUAAUGAUAACAUUUUGGGGGAAGGAAGCAAAUAUUUUACACCCCAAAUUCCACUGGGAUCCCUUGAAUAUAAACCCAUUUGACUCCUCACAUUCCCCCCUCCUAAGAUGGAAACCCUAACAACUGUUAGGGGGAACAGGGUAAUGAUUGCUCUAGCUGCAUGCUGAAAAGGGGAGACUUUGGGAAGGGGAGUAAAGACAGUGUUCCAGCAGGAGGUGGCUUCUCAGCAGGAAGUGGCUUCUCUAGGGGGAUAUGGUACAAGCUUGCAGAAACUGCUUCCAUCGGUUUCAUGUGCAUGACCACCUAGAAUUUUACUUUUUUAAGUCUGGAGAAAACAAAUCGAACACACAGUUUAAACUCACAUGAUCUAAAACUGAGGACAGAGUCAUUAUUAGAGGCCCUAAGAAAGGAGUCUAAACCGUUAUCAAGUUUUUUUCUUCAUUGAGAGGCAAAUAGAAAUUGACAAAAAGGGCUUGAGAAUAAUGGGGUAAGCUUAAGGCCUUGUCAGAUAUGAGGCUCAGACCUAUUUAUCUCUUCACAUGUGGUACCUCAUAAGGGAGGCACCCUGUUGACUUCCAUUACCUAGCUGGCCUGGGAGGAGAGCUGGCUCAAAGAGAAGGUAGUCAGCAUUUCUAAAAGGAAACUAUUUAUUAGUUAAUAUACAUUUCUUCCUGCAAUGUUUUUGACUCUACUUGGCCAUCCACUCGACAGCAGUGGUUACUUUGGAAGCUGGGCUAAGUGAAGGGCUUUUCAACUUAGAGCGAACAAGGUAUGUUGCUCUAACCUGGAGACCUUCAACUCCAGCUUGGCCCAUUUCUUGAAAGCGUUGUUUGUUUUGUUGUUGCUGAGUUUUUUGAUCAUUUUAUAAAUUCUGCUUAUUAAUCCUUUAUCAGUUGCAUGGUUUUCUAAUUCUCUCAAUCUGUUGGUUUCCUCUUUCCUGACUGUUUCUUUUGCAGCACAGAAACUUCUCAAUUUGAUGCAAUCCCAAUAGCUAAUUUUGGCUUUUAUUCCCUGUGCCUCUGGGGUCUUAUCCAGGAACUCUUUGCAUGUGCCAAUAUCGUGUAGGGUUUUCCCCAAUGUUCAUUAGUAAUUUAAUGGUAUCAGGUCAUAGAUUUAGGCCUUUAAUCCAUUUGAAUAGAUUUUUGUGUAAGGUGUAAGGUAGGGGUCCUCCUUCAUACUCUGCCUAUGGAAAUCCAAUUUUCCCAGCACCAUUUUUAAAGAGAGUGUCCUUGCUCCAGGAAAUGGUUUUAGCUCCUUGAUCAAAUAUAAGUUGGUUGUAGAUGGUUGGAUUGAUUUCUGGUGUUUCUAUUCUGUUCCAUUGGUCUAUCCAUCUGUUUUUGUACCAGUACCAGGCUGUUUUGAUUAUAACUGCCUUGUAAUAUGUCUUGAAAUAUGGUAUCGUGAUACCACUUGCUUUUUUUUGUUCUAUAAGAUUGCUUUAGCUAUUCAAGUUCUCCUGUGUUUCCAAAUGAAUUUCAGCAUCAUUUUUUCUAGAUCUGAGAAGAAUGUCUUUGGUAUUUUGAUUGGUAUUUCAUUGAAUCUCUUAAGUUAUUUUCAGAAGAAUGGACAUUUUGAUGAUAUUGAUUCUUCCAAUCCAUGAAUAUGCAAGUUUUUUUCCAUAUUUUUGAGAUUUCCUCUAUUUCUUUCUUUAAAAAUUUAUAAUUCUCAUCGUAGAGAUCUUUGCCAUCCUUGGUUAAAUUUAUUCCAAGGUAUUUGAUAUUUUUGUAGCUAUUGUGAAUGGGAUUGAUCUUAAAAGAAUUUCUCAGACAUGGUAUUGUCUGUGUAUACAAAGUCCAUUAUUUUUUGUGUGUUGAUUUUAAAUCCUGCUAUUUUAUCAAACUCUUUUGUGUGGAGUCUUUUGUUUCCCCUAAAUGUAGAAUCAUAUCAUCUGUAAAUAGGGAUAAUUUGACUUCAUCUUUAUUGAUUUGAAUUCCUUUUACUUCUUCUUGCCUGAUGGCUUUAGCUAAAAAUUCCCAGACUAUAUUGAAUAGCAGUAGUGAGAGUGGACAUCCUUGUUCAGUUCCGGAUCUUGGUGGGAAGGCUUCCAACUUUUCCCCAUUCAUUAGGACUCUGGCCAUGGGUUUGUCAUUAAUUGUCUUGAUUGUGUUGAGGAAUGUUCCUUCUAAACCCAAUUUGCUUUGAGUUUUCAUCAUGAAAAGAUAUAUUUUGUCAAAUGCUUUCUCUGCAUCUAUUGAGAUAAUCAUAUGAUUUUCGUUCUUCAAUUUGCUUUGCAAAUGUUGAACCAUCCCUGUGUACCAGGGAUAAAUCCUACUUGUGUUGUUGUGUUGUUGGAUUCAACCAGCCAGAAUUUUAUUGAUGAUUUUUCGUCUAUAUUCAUCAGGGAAAUUGGUCUGUAGAAUUUUUUCUCUGUCGCAUCUUUUUGGAUUUAGGAAUUAAGGUUCUGCUGGAUUUAUAGGAACAAUUUGUGAGGAUUCCCUCUCUUUGUUUUGAAUAAUUUGAGAAGGGUUGGAGUUAGUUCUUCUUUAAAUGUCAGGUAGAUUUCAGCAGUGAAGCCAUCCAGUCCUGGACUUUCUUUUUUGGUAGGGUCUUUACUACUGAUUAAAUUUCUGUUGGUUACAGAUCUGUUUAGGUUUUCUAUGUCUUAUGACUCAGUUUAGUUAGGUUGUAUGUGUCUAGGAAUCUAUCCAUCUCUUCUAGGUUUCCCAGUUUGUUGGCAUACAGCUCUUUGUAGUAAUUUCUGCUAAUUAUAUAAAAAAUUUCUUUGAUGCCUGCUACAUUUACUUUCUGAACUCUGAUUUUAUUGAUUUUGGUCUUCUCUCUCCUUUUUUGGUUAGUUGGACCAAUUGUGUGUCAAUUUUAUUUAUUUUUCCAAAAAACCAGCUCUUCAUUUUGCUGAUCUUUUGUAUUUUUGUUUCAAUUAUCUUGAUUUUUCUUUAAUUUUAAUUAUUUAUUUCCUUCUACUGGUUUUGGGUUUGGUUUUCUGUUGUUUUUCUAGAUCCUUGAGGUGUGUAGAUAGUGCAUUUAUUUGGUGCCUUUCCAGUUUCUUGAUAUAGGCACCAAUUGCUUUAAACUUCCUCUUAACACAGAUUUUGCUGUAUCCCAUGAGUUUUUUUUAAAGAUUUAUUUAUUUACUUGAAAGGCAGUUACACAGAAAGAGAAGGAGAGGGAGAGAAAGAAAGAGAGAAAGAGAGUGAAGAGAGAGAGAUAGAGAGAGGUCUUCCAUCUGCUGAUUCACUCCCCAGAUGGCUGCAAUGGCCGGAGUUGCGCUGAUCCAAAGCCAGGAGCCAGGAGCUUCCUCCGGGUUUCCCAUGUGGACACAGGGCCCCAAGAACUUGGGCCAUCUUCCACUGCUUUCCCAGGCCAUAGCAGAGAGCUGGAUUGGAAGAGGAGCAGCCAGGACUUGAACCGGCACCCAUUUGGAAUGCCAGCACUGCAGGCAGUGGAUUUACCCACUAUGCCACAGAACUGGCCCCCAUAAGUUUUGAUAUGUUGUAAUGUCAUCUUCAUUUGUUUUGAGAAAUUUUUUGAUUUCUCUUUUGAUUUCUUCUAUGACCUGCUGUUCAUUCAGGAACAUGUUCUUCAUUCUCCAUGUGUUUGCAUAUGAUGUAGAGAUUUUUUAGUUGUUGAUUUCCAGCUUCAUUGCAUUGUGGUCUGAGAAUAUACAUGGUAUGCUUUCAAUUUGUUUGAAUUAGCUGAGACUUGCUUUAUGGCAUAGCAUUUGGUCAAUUCUAGGAAAGUUCCAUAUACCAGAGAGAAAAAUGUGUACUCUGUGGCUUUAGGGUGGAGCUUUCUGUAGAUAUCUGCUAGGUCUAUUUGAUCUAUGGUGUCAAUUAACUCUGUUGUUUGUUGAUUUUCUAUCUCGUUGAUCUGUCCGUUGCUGAAAGUGGAGUAUUGAAGUCCCCCAUUAUUAUUGUAUUUGAAUCUUUAUCUCCCUUUAAGCCCCUUACUGUUUCAUUUAAAUAGCAAGGUGCCCUGUAAUUAGGUAUAUAUACAUUUAUAAUAGUCACAUCUUCCUCUUGAAUUUUCCUUUAAUCAUUGUAGUGUCCUUCUUUGUGCAUUUUGAUAGUUUUUAUGUUAAAGUCUAUUUUGUAUGGUAUUAGGAGGGCCACACCAUCUCUUUUUUGGUUUAUGUUACCAUGGAUGAUCUUUUUCCAUCCUUUCACUUUCAGUCUCCAUGCAUCUUUGUUCGUAAAAUGUGUUUCUUACAGGCAGCAAAUAGAUAGGUUUUGUUUUUUAAUCCAUUCAGCCAGCCUGUGCUUCUGACUGGAGAAUUAAGACCAUUUACAUUCAGUGUAACUAUUGUUAAGUACCAACUUUGCCCUGCGAUGUUUCUGUAAAUAGUUCUGUUUUUGUAUUUUGGAUUUCAUUUGUACUGAUUUCAUUUGUACUUGCUGGGUCAUUUUCUGCAUUCAUAUACUUUUGUAGUGAUGUCCCUGUUUCUGCGUGUAGCACAUCUUUGAGCAUCUUUUGUAGGGAUGGGUGAGUAGUUACAAAUUCUUUCAAUUUCUGUUUGUUGUAGAAGAUCCUUAUUUUUUCUUCAUUCAUAAAUGAGAGUUUUGCAGGGUGCAGUAUUCUGGGUUGAAAGUUUUUUUCUGUUAGGACUUGGAGUAUGUCUCGCCAUUCUAUCCUUGCCUGCAGGGUUUGAGAUGAGAAGUCUGGAGUGAGUCUAAUUGGGUUUACUCUGAAUGUGAUUUGUCAUUUUUCUUGUGCACGUUUUAAGAUUUUUUAUUUAUGUCUUACUGAGGAGAGAUUGGCUGCAGUCUGUUGAGGUGAAGAUCUUUCCUGGUUGUGUCUAUUGGGAGUUAUGUGUUCUUCUCUUUCUUUCUCCAAAUUGGGGAAAUUCUCUGUUAUUUCAUUAAGAAGGCCUUCUAAUCCUUUCUCUCUUUCUAUGCCUUCUGGAAUUCCUAAGCUGUAUGUGUUGAGUUGUUUGAUAGAAUCUUGUAGAUCUCCAACUGUGUUUUUCAGUUUUCUAAUUUCUUCUUCUUGUGUUUGGUCUCACUAUAUUUCCAGAAAUUUGUUUUCUAGCUCUGAUAUUCUUUCUUCUGUCUCAUUUUUCUAUUAUUAAGGCAUAACACUGCAUUUUUUAUUUGAUCUAUUGAAUUAUUUAUUUCUAAUAUUUCAUUCUGACUUCUAUUUAACAUCUCAAUUUCUUGGGAACACUUUCGUUUAGAUCAUGAAUUUGUUUCUGAUUGCUUCAAAGUAAUCUGAUGAUUAAUUUUCUGAAUUCCCUUUCUGGCAUAGCCUCAAUCUAUUCUUCUUCAGCUUCUAUUAUUGAGUAAGAGUUGUAGUGUUCCAUUAAGGGGCUCAUAUUGUCUUCCUUAUUCUUAUUAAGUUUUUUUCCUUUUUUUUUGGCAUUUUAGUUGCUUUUCUCUUUAAUAUGUGUCUUGGUGCUUGCGGUGUGAUUUCCCUCUGCUGUGACAUGCUAUGUAUCUGUAUGUUGCAAGUGGAAGUACGCAGCCCCACCCCCAGGAGUCUUGCUCACUUUUGGAUCAUUAUGGGGCCAGGUAUGAGAGCUCUGAUGCACUAAGCCCCGCCUACUGGGGGGCCAGGCUCGCUUCUCACUGGUGCUUGAAACCAGCUUGAUAUUUCAAUAUUUAGGACUUCUUGUUAUACAGCUUGUGUGGUAGUGGUGGUGGUGGGGAAAUUAAUCUGAAAUGUGAUCCUUGUUCCCAGGUGGGGAGUGUUGUGAAGUGUACCCCGCAGUUGGUAGGCGUGCACACAGGUGGCAAAUGCAGUAGCCCCCUGCUUACAUUUGAAGAUGGAAACAAACAAUAUGGCUUCUCCCAGCCUGCUGCAGGUCUGGAUGGGGGAAGGAGGAGACAUAGAUGGACAGGGGUGUGCCCAACCUCUGCGUUUGUUCCCCUGUUCUUCCCAUUUGGAACUUCAAACACAGUUCGUCAGGCUCUGCUGCCUGCUGCUAUCUGCAACUCUGUGGACUCUAGACCUUGUUUCUCACCUUGUUUCUCACCCACCUGGGGUGGCUUCACAAGGCUGCCAUAGCCUUGGCAGCUCAGGAAAAGAGCCUCAGGUGAUCACUGAUGUCAUACGUAAGAAUGUCAAUUGUUAAAUCAGUAACAGGAGUCACUGUGCACUUGCUCACCAUGUAGGACCUCUGUCCUUAAUGAGUUGUACUAUGAGAAUUAACUGUAAAACUAGUCUUCAAACAGUACUUUAUACUUUGGUGUGUCUGUGUGGGUGCAAACUGUUGAAAUCUCUACUUAGUAUAGAGUUGAUCUUCUGUAUAUAAAGAUAAUUAAAGUGAACAUUUUUAAACUUUUAUUUAUUUAAUAACUAUAAAUUCCAAAGUACAGCUUUUGGAUUACAGUGGCUCCCCCCCAUAACUUCCUUCCCACCUGCAACCCUCCCAUCUCCCGCUCCCUCUCCCAUCCCAUUCACAUCAAGAUUCAUUUUUAAUUAUAUUUAUAUACAGAAGAUCAAUUUAGUAUAUAUUAAGUAAAGAUUUCAACAGUUUGCACCCACACAGAAACACAAAGUGUAAAGUACUGUUUGAGUACUAAUUAUAGCAUUAAUUCACAUUGUACAACACAUUAAGGACAGAGAUCCUACAUGGGGAGUAAGUGCACAGUGACUCUUGUUGUUGAUUUAACAAUUGACACUCUUGUUUAUGGCAUCAGUAAUCACCCUAGGCACUAGUCAUGAGUUGCCAAGGCUAUGGAAGCCUUUUGAGUUCUCCGACUCUUAUCUUGUUUAGACAAGGUCAUAGUCAAAGUGGAAGUUCUCUCCUCCCUUCAGAGAAAGGUACCUCCUUCUUUGAUGGCCUGUUCUUUCCACUGGGAUCUCACACACAGAGAUCUUUCAUUUAGGUCUUUUUUUUUUUUUGCCAGAGUGUCUUGGCUUUCCAUGCCUGAAAUACUCUCAUGGGCUUUUUAGCUGGAUCUGAAUGCCUUAUGGGCUGAUUCUGAGGCCAGAGUGCUGUUUAGGACAUCUGCCAUUCUAUGAGUCUGCUGUGUAUCCUGCUUCCCAUGUUGGAUCGUUCUCUCCUUUUUAAUUCUCUCAGUUAGUAUUAGCAGACACUAUUCUUGUUUAUGUGAUCCCUUUGGUUCUUAGUCCUAUCAUUAUGAUCAAAUGUGAACUGAAACUGAUCACUUUGACUAGUGAGAUGGCAUUGGUACAUGCCACCUUGAUGGGAGUGAAUUGGAAUCCCCUGGUAUGUUUCUAACUCUACUGUUUGGGGCAAGUCCGAUUGAGCAUGAAGAAUGGGAUGGGAGAGGGAGUAGGAGAUGGGAUGAUUUGGGUUGGGAGGGCAGGUAUGUAGAGAAGAACAACUAUAAUCCAAAAGUUGUGCUUAUGAAAUUUAUAUUUAUUAAAUAAAAGCCUUCUAUAAAAAAUAGUAGUGGGUGGGUAUGAGCUUCCUAUAGGUGGGGCUUGCCCUUAAACAUGAAUUUUUCCCCAAUAUUGUGUCUUGAUCUAAGGCCAAAAAAGCCAAGCAUUUAAGGUUCUCUCUCUCAGUUCUGAACCUCUUGUCACAUCUUCACUGGUAAUUUCUGGGAUGUGUGUCUACAAGGCUCACUUCUGUGUGGUACGUUUGAUUGUGAACCCUUAGAAAGAAGAAGCAACCUGGAGUGACAGAUGAGUGGAGAAGGGAGUUUUGUUUCCUUUGUGUUAGCAUUUCUGAAAUGCUGAGGCUAUUCAACCUGUAGCCCUGCUCAAUUUGGAUUGCAGUUUGUGGUUACUGUUAGAACCAUGCCUUUUCUUCCUGAGGGUACUGGUAGCAGUCAGUGACUGCGAUGCAGAUUGGAUUAGGUGUGUGUACUUCCUGUGAGUUCCAAGAACCAGUUCCAGCUGGUCACCAUGCCCUCCUCAGAUACCUCACCCUUUGUUUUCCAGGGACUUCCUGUAUUCACCUGCAUCAGACCCCAGUCCAUUUUCUGACCUGUACUCCAAGUCUGAUUACUAGGCUGUGCUGUUGGGAAUUCCUGUCACUUUUUUAGUGAAAAUUUGCAUCAGUCAGUCUCCUGGUAAUGCAGUCCUUACUUUGUUUUUGUUCUCUGUGGCUGAGGUGAGUGUAGGGCCUCUUUGUUGAGGUGCCUUGAUCAUCUAUGAAUUAAUCAUUUUAAAUUUAUUUAACUUUUUAGAUGUAGCCAAUUGGAUUUCUCUCUCCUCCUCUGGCAGGAAAUUGCUACUUUGCACUCAUUCCUGUCGUUUGCCCUCAGAUCUUCACUCUUUUUUGUGGUGCAUGAAAGUCACUUACGAGUGUUCCUUCAAAACUUUGAUUCCUUCUACUUACUUUUCCCCUUUAUGUCUUGUGGUUCACAGAAUUCUCAGAUGCUUUCCCUCGGGUCUCAUGCCCUGGGAACCUGUAUGUAACCCAUUCCCAUGGACCUGGGUGGGAUCCGUAUCUUGCAUCUUAUGGAUUAUAUGGCAAAUGUGAUGUGAUUUUGCAGGUAUAGUUAAGAUAUUACCUAGUUAACUCUAGUUAGUUAAAGAAAGAUCUGCCUAGGUAGGCCUGAGCUACCAGGUAAGUCCUUUUAAGAGGUGAGACUUGAAGCAAUGCCGUUUCAUUCUGUCUGGCUCUGCGGAAGUCAGCUGCUUCAAGUUCUACAGCUGCAAGGCAGUGUCGUCUGAGUAACCCAGGAAGCAAAUCUUCCUGCAAACGGCCUUUGAUGCCAGUGAAGCCCAGGUGACAUCUUGCUUGUUGCCAAGGGCCUAUUUCUGUAGGCCAUGCCCACACUCCUCUCCCAUGUGAGAUAAUAACUGUGUUGUUUUAAGCUGCUGAGUGUGGUAAUUUGUUAUAGGGCAUAGAAAGCAAAUCCACUUCAAAGAGCUGAUGCAUAUCCAUUUCUUAUGUUUAUUUCCCAGUGCCACAGCAUCCCAUGUAAUGACAACUGACAGUUUAAAAUUAAUUAUUUGAGCAUUAGGUGUGGAGAGUGGGGAAGGGAGAGGAAGAGCUCACAUGUGCUGCCUUAUUCCCCAAAUAGCUACAGUAGCUACUACUUGACUGAGCCAAAGCCAGGAGCAAGAAACUAAAUCCAGGUGUCCCGUGCAUGUGUCAGGAAAUGGGCUACUUGAGGUAUCACUGCUGCCUGAGAGGGUCUGCAGUAGCUGAGAACUGGAGUCAUGAACUGGAGCCUGCAAGUGAACCCAGGCACUCUGAUGCACCAUCUUAUGCAUUAGGUUAAACACUUGGCCUUUGUUAAGCCUUUAGUGAGCUAGAACACAGUGAAGCGAAAUAAUGGGCAGAUUGCCAUCUCCAGCGUCACACAUGCUUAACAGAAUGUCUUCCUCCCAAUGAGUAGUUUAACCUGUGCCAAACUGCUGGCCUUCAUGUGUCACAUUUGGUAUAAUUUAGUUCCAGAAGGGGGACAAUUGAUCAAGUGUUUUGGGUAAAAUCUUUUUUACUUCUUAGUCAUCAGUUCUUCAUGCCUUCAGUGGGCAUAAAGUAGUGUUAUGCUGCAUGAUCAUCUGUUUUAGCCUGAGGGUUCCUGAAAUCCUUCUACUAUGUCCUUGAGCCUUAGUGCCAUUCUGACUUUCAGCCUUUAUAAUAAUGAAUACCUCUUGCCCUCUGGUAUGGUUAAGCAUUGCCAUACUUUGUAUCAGAGAUGUAUUUUCACCAUUGCUAUCACUGAGCCAAACUCUGGUUCCAUUCUCCUCCUUUCAGCUGUGACCCACAUGGAGCUGACAUUGCACAGUUCAUGAAGCUGGUACUCUUCUCAUCAGAACACUACUUACGUCAUUGGGAAAUGUGUUCUCUGAAUAUACCUGCUCAAAUUGUCCUUUUAUCUGUAGACCCUUUUGGCCAUGUCUGAUCAAUCCAUGUCAUCUAGUUAGUUAAACUUUUGCAUGAAGCUCUCAUCCCUUCAGUAUCACAGUUCUGGACAUUUUAACUUCACUGUGUGAACAUGACUUGUUUCAUUUUUCUGAGUGUUUUCCAGGAGCAAAUUUGUAUUAUGUCCUGAGGACUUUACCCGUUGUAAAAUCUGGUCUCUUGGGAGAGGUAUUCCAAAUCAUUUCCAUCAUUUCUAGUUUUAUAUUUUGCUGGUUGAUCCAUCAUCUCCAGAAUUAAGUUUCUUUUUACAUAAAUCUUGAUCAGUUUUUUCCAUUGGAUUAUGCUGUUACUCAACUCUAGUUUUAUACUUAUGGGUCAGGAUAGGAGAUGAAGAAGAUCUGAAAAAACAUCUGUUGUCCUGAGUAGUGUGUUCUCUGCAUUUUCUCCCAGUAAUCAUGGUGUGUCACUUAAGUAGUGGAGUAUAUGGUGUGGAACUAUUCAAAUCACAUGCUUCUAGCCUGUUUAUCCAGAUUUCAGGUUUACUGUAACAUAGCCCUGAGUACAACCCUGCCUUGGGUAGACAUUGAAUGAAAAUUUUUUUAUUAACCAUAAUUAUACAUAUUUAAGGGCUACAUUUUGAUACAUCAAUGCUAGUAUAUAGUGUGUACUGAUAAGAUCAGUGUAAUCAACAUUUCUUCUUUUUACAUUAUUUUUUGUAAUUAGAGACUUCGACCUCUGUUCUUAUAUUUGUUUUUUAAAAAAUAUACUAGAGCCGGCACCGCGGCUCACUAGGCUAUUCCUCCGCCUUGUGGCGCCGGCACACCGGGUUCCAGUCCUGGUCGGGGGGCCGGAUUCUGUCCCGGUUGCCCCUCUUCCAUGCCAGCUCUCCGCUGUGACCAGGGAGUGCAGUGGAGGAUAGCCCAAGUCCUUGGGCCCUGCACCCCAUGGGAGACCAGGAGAAGCACCUGGCUCCUGCCUUCGGAUCAGCGCGGUGCGCCGGCCGCAGUGUGCCGGCCACGGCGGCCAUUGGAGGGUGAACCAACGGCAAAAAAAAAAAAAAAAAAAAAAAAGUAAAAAAUAUACUAGGUUAUUCUGAACUGUACUCAGAAUAUUUUGCUGUGUAACACUAGGACUUCUUACUUUGAUUUAAAUCUGAUUAGAUAUCCAUCAUCCGACUUCAUUCCUCCCCCACUCACCCCACUCAGGUUCUACUGUAUAUUGUUAUGUGUUCACUUUGAGUUUUUGUUUUGAGCUACAUUUAAGUUAAACAUGCAAUGUUUAUCUUUCUUUCUGGUUUAUUUUAGUUAGCCUAAUGUUAUCUGGAUCUAUCUAUUUUGUUGCAAAUGACAAGUUUUUAAUCUGUUUUCCUGCCUAAUAACAUUCCAUUUGAGUGUGUGUUCAUUUGUGUGUGUGUGUGUGUGUGUGUUUAUUAAUUUGUCUUUAUCAGUUAAUCUGUUUAAGGACACUUUAGUUGAUUUCACUUCCUAGAUAUUGUGAAAAAAUGCUGCAAUAAAGAUGGUGGAGCUGAUGUUUCUUUUUUUAAAAAAAACUAAUCUAUUUAUUUGAAAGGUAGAGUUAUAGAGAGGAAGAAGCACAGGCUGGGGGGUUGGAGGGGGUCUUCCAUCAACUGGUUCACUCCCCAGAUGGCUCUAAUGGCUAGAGCUGGGCUUAUCCAAAGCCAGGAGCCUGGAGCUUCUUCCAAGUCUCCUAUGUAGGUGUAGGCACCCAAGAGUGUGGGGCGUAUUCCUCUGCUUUCCCAGGCCAUAGCUCUUAGCUACAUCAGAAGUGGAGCAGCUGGGACUGGAACCUGUUCCAACAUGAGAUGCCAGCACUGCCACUGUUGCUUUACUUGGUAUGCCAAAGCCCUGGCACCUGAUGUUUCUCAUAUACAAUGAUUUCAUGUCUUCUGAACAUAUUUCCCAGUACUGGAAUUGCUAGACCAGAUGGAAGUUUUAUUUCUACUUUUAAAUGAAUCUCUAUACCUUUUCCAUAGUGGCUGUACUAAUUUACAUUCCUAUCAACAGAAUAUAUUAUAUGAUCUCAUGUUCUUUUUUAAAUUUUAUUUUAGUUAUGCAAAUUUCGUGUAUUUCAUAUAUACAGAUUUAGAAACAUAGUAAUUUCACCUAGUACCCUCCCUCCCACUCAUAUUCCAACCCAUCUUCGUCCUCUGUCUCCCAUUCCCACUCUUAAUUUUUACAAAGAUCUAGUUUCAGUUUACUUAAUGAUCAUAUAAUUAAGCGUACACUAAGUAAAAGAGUUCAACAAAUACUAUGAAGAAAAGAAAUACUGCUUCUUAACAGAAGACACAAGGGUUAUAAACAAUCAUUGAAUAUCAAAAGGUCCAUUUUGGCUGGUGCCGUGGCUCAAUAGGCUAAUCCUCUGCCUGUGGUGCUGGUACCCCAGGUUCUAGUCCCAGUCGGGGCGCCAGAUUCUGUCCCAGUUGCUCCUCUUCCAGGCCAGCUCUCUGCUGUGGCCCAGGAGUGCAGUGGAGGAUGGCCCAAGUGCUUGGGUCCUGCAGGAGAAGCACCUGGCUCCUGGCUUCAGAUCAGCACGGUGUGCCAGCCGCAGCGGCCAUUGGGGAGUGAACCAAGGCAAAAGGAAGACCUUUCUCUCUGUCUCUCUCUCACCAUCCACUCUGCCUGUCAAAAAAAGGGUCCAUUUCACUCCUAAAUAUUGAAUUUUAGGUACUCUAUUAAUUAGAACAGAGGCAGGAGAAAAUAUGGUAUUUGUCUUUUUGGGACUGACUUAGUUCACUAAGUAUCAUGGUUUCCAGUUGUAACCAUUUUGUUGCAAAUGACAGGAUUUUAUAUUUUUUCUACAGGUGAGUAGUACUCCAUAUUGUAUGUAUACUGUAAUAAUUUCUUUAGUCAACAUUUGAUGGAUAUCUGGAUUGAUUCCCUAUCUUAACUAUUAUGAAUUGUGCUAAAAUGAACACAGGAGUAUAGAUCAUUCUUUUACACACUGCUUUCAUUUCUUUUAGGAAAAUUCUUUGCUGUGAGAUGGCUGAGCAUUUUGAUAGCUCUAUAUGCAGAUUUCUGAGAUAUCUCCAUAGUGUUUUCCACAGUAGCUACACCAGGUCACAUUCCCACCAACAGUGGAUUAGGGUACCUUUUCCCCACAUCCUUGCCAGCAUUUGCUGUUUAUUGAUAUCUGUAUGUGGACCAUUCUAACUGGACUGAGGUGAAUCCUCUUUGUAGUUUCAAUUUGUAUUUUCUUGAUGGUUAGUGAUCCUGAGCAUUUUUCAUGUGUCUAUUGGCCAUUUGAAUUUCUUUUCUUGAAAAAAUGUCUGUUCAAGUCCUUUGCCUAUUUCUUAACUGGAUUGUUUAUUUUGUUGUUGUUGACUUUCUUGAGCUCUUUAUGGAUUCUGGAUGUUAAGUCUUCACCAGUUGCAUAGUUUGCAAAUAUUUUCUCUUGUUCUGUUGGUUGCCUCUUCACUUUUCUGAAUGUUUCUAGUGCCCAGGCACUGGUCUCAUUUGAGGAGAGGAAGUGAUCUGAGCCAUUCCAACAGAACAGAACAAACCUCACCUCUGGUUAAAAAAGGGGGGGGGGAUUUAUCAUGCCCAACCUGGGUAUCACCUUGGACACUCCCUUCACCCAGAGCACUGAACAGAGCUCCCUGUUCACACCCACCACAUGCCUCUAGGUAUUUGCUGAAAAAGUGGAAACUCCACUAAUCAACAGAGGAAUAGUUCAAAGAUGAAAACCUUCACAGAGAGAAAAGAAAGAAACCAAUAAGUAUCUCCUCAAAUGCUGAAUAAUAAAUGCAGCAAUUCAAGAAACAAGAAUAAGGAAGACAUAAUCAAAUGUGUACCAAUUUAAUUGAAAAUAGAUCUUAGCAAAAAAUAACAGUGGAAAUAAGAGAGGGAGGAGGAAGUUGGGUGGGAAUGUGAGUGGAAGAGCUGACACAGUGGAAAGAAUCACUAUGUUCCUGAAGUUGUAAUUAUGAACUAUAUGAAGUUUAUAACUGUUUAGCUGUAUAGUUCUGAAUCAAAAAAAAUAACAAGAAAAAUAUCAGGUAUUGUGAUGCCUACAGGUUUGUUUUUGCUGUAUAAAGUUGCUUUAGCUAUUUGGGGUCUCUUGUAUUUACAUAUGAAUUUUUUUUCAGGCAGAGUAGACAGUGAGAGAGAGACAGAGAGAAAGGUCUUCCUUUGCUGUUGGUUCACCCUCCAAUGGCUGCCGCGGCCAGCACGCUGAGGCCGGCGCACCGCGCUGAUCCAAAGGCAGGAGCCAUGGGGUGCAGGGCCCAAGGACCUGGGCCAUUCUCCACUGCACUCCCGGGCCAAAGCAGAGAGCUGGCCUGGAAGAGGGGCAACCGGGACAGAAUCCGGCACCCCGACCAGGACUAGAACCUGGUGUGCCGGCACCACUAGGGGGAGGAUUAGCCUAUUGAGCCGCGGCGCUGGCCUACAUAUGAAUUUUAGCAUCAUAUUUUCUAGAUUUGAGAAGAAUGUCCUUUUUAUUUUGAUUGGGAUCACAUUGAAUCUGUACAUGGCUUUUGGUAGUAUGGACAUUUUGAUGGUGUUGAUUCUUCCAAUCCACGAACAUGGAUGAUUUUUCCAUUUAUAAAGUCUUAUUUCACUCAGCAUAAUGUUUUCCAAAUUCCUAACAGGGAUCACUUUUCAGUUAAAAUUUAAACACCUAAGAAUAAUUGUGUGUUAAUUACAGAGUUCAACCAAUGGUACUAGAACAAAAAAAAUACUAAAAUGCAUAAAGUAUUACAUUGUACAUCAACCGUCAGGACAAGAGCUGAUCAAUCCCAAAGGGACAAAUACCACUUGUUUGUUCUCCCUGAUAGGUGACAACUAACUGAGCACCAAAAAGGAAACCUGUUAAAGUGAAAUGAACUCUAUGAGAAACGGUGACUUGAUCAGCACUCACCCUGACUGUUGAUGAGCAACUUAAUAUGUUAUCCCUCUUAGUAUUUUUUUGUUUGUUCUACUUAAUACUUUUGGUUGAAUACUGUAAUCAAUACACAAUUCUUCUUAAGUGCUGAAACUUAACUGAAAAGUGAUAGCUGUUAAAUAUAAGAGUGGGAGUAAGAGAGGGAAGAGAUGUGCAAUUCGGGACAUGCUCAAGCUGACUUACCUCAAACGGUAGAGUUAGAAACAUACCAGGGGAUUCCAAUUCAAUCCCAUCAUGGUGGCAUGUACCAAUGCCAUCUCACUAGUCCCAGUGAUCAAUUUCUGUUCACAAUUGAUCAUAAUGAUAGGACUAAGAACCAAAGGGAUCACAUAAACAAGAAUAGUGUCUGCAAAUACUAGCUGAUAGAAUCAAAAAGGGAGAGAACGAUCCAACAUGGGAAGUGAGAUACACAGCAGACCCAUAGAAUAGCAGAUGUCCUAAACAGCACUCUGGCCUCAGAAUCAGCCCUUAAGGCAUGCGGAUCCAGCUGAAAAGCCCAUGAGAGUAUUUCAGGCAUGGAAAGCCAAGACACUCUGGGGGAAAAAAAAACCUAAAUGAAAGAUCUCUGUGUGUGAGAUCCCAGUGGAAAGAACAGGCCAUCAAAGAAGGAGGUUCUUUCUCUGAAUGGAGGAGAGAACUUCCACUUUGACAAUGGCCUUGUCUAAAUAUGAUCAGAGUCGGUGAACUCAGGGGGCUUCCAUAGCCUUGGCAGCUCAUGACAAGAGCCUAGGGUGAUUACUGAUGCCAUAAACAAGAGUGUCAAUUGUUAAGUCAACAACAGGAGUCAUUGUGCACUUACUCCCCAUGUAGGAUCUCUGUCCUUAGUGUGCUGUAAAUUGUGAUUUAAUGCUAUAACUAGUACUCAAACAGUAUUUUUCACUUUA